GAGGAGCGGCGCGGUGCGGCGGCCGAGUGGAGAGUGGAGUCAGUCGCUGCCGAACCUCUGGUCGCGUCAGAUCGGCCCCGUGUGUGAGUGUGUGUGAGUGUGUGGACCCGCGUCCGCCAGUGAUGAUGAGGGCCCCCAGGGCCCGAGGCCGCGAGGCCGCCGCUCGGCGCUGCUGAAGGCCCCCCGAGGCCACCGCUGUUGCACGUCCCCGAUGGCGGCCGGCGUGCGCUCCACGGGCAUGGUGGGCGCCCUCGCCGCCCCCGCCUCCACGUCGGCGGCCGUGGCGGCGGCCUGCGUCUCGCUGCUGCUGCUGCAGACGGCCCUGCUGCAGCCACGACCCGCCCUCGCCGUCGUCGGCAACGUCACCAAGGAGGGCGCCCGGCCGCUGGACAGGCCGCUUGAGCGCCCGCUGGAGCGGCAUGAGCGUCCCGAGCGCCCCGACCGGCCGGAGCGUGGCGACAGGGAGAGGACGGCCUACAACCACGGCCACAGCUGGAUCAAGAUGGGGCUGGCCGUGGAGCAGGAGAUCUGGCGCUCGCCGCAGCAGGUGCACGCCGUGGGCUCGUCGCCGCUGUGCGCGCGCCUGCCCGGCCUCAGCCCCGGCCAGGACAAGCAGUGCCAGCUGUACCAGGACCACAUGUCGCCCGUGGGCCGCGGAGCGCACGCCGCCAUCACUGAGUGCCAGCACCAGUUCAAGGAGCGGCGCUGGAACUGCUCGGCCGCCGCCCUGGACCACACGCUCUUCAGCAGCGUCAUGCGCGUCGCGAGCCGCGAGGUGGCGUACUUGCACGCGGUGACGGCGGCGGGGGUGGCGCACGCCGUGUCCAGGUCGUGCCGGGACGGGCAGCUGUCGUCGUGCGGCUGCGCGCGCUCCGGCCGGCCCCGGGACCUGCACCGCGACUGGAUCUGGGGCGGCUGCGGCGACAACCUGGAGUACGGCUACAAGUUCACGCAGGGCUUCGUCGACGUCCGCGAGCGCGAGCGCAAGCUGAGGCGCGGCAGCCGGGAGCAGGCGCGGGCGCUCAUGAACCUGCACAACAACGAGGCCGGGCGCAGGGUGAGUACACCAGGGAGGGGUCGUGACCCCGGGUGAUGAAUGGCUUCAGAC